UACACGCGGCGUUUCCAGGACGACGGAACACAAACAACUGAUUGACACUGGGGUUACGCGACGCCUGUUUACCAGCUCGUAGCGAUUAUGUAUUGAAUCGUAUCUGAAGUUCAUAAACCCCACUUUCUUUUUACAAAACGAGCAACUUUAAGAAGGAAACCGACGAAAAGCAUCACAAACAUGAGUCGACACUGGACGUACAGUCACCAGCAGAGGUUAAUGUCUCAGCGCCAGGUCCAGGAGCAGCACAGGCUCCAGGAGGCCAGGCGUGUGGACAGAGAGCGGCAGCAGGAGGCCAGCCUGCGGGACGAGGAGAGCUUCGAGAGGAGGCGAUACCUGCGACAGGUGGAGCAGGAGCUCAAGGAGAGGCAGCAGGAGAGCGCCCUGCUGAAGGCAGAGGAGGAGAGAAUAAACAGACAAAAGCAGCUCGAACAAGAGGAGAGAAUCGCUAAAGAGCUGGCCCGAAUCAGCUUUGAGAAGCAAAGAGAUGAGAAAAUGCGGCAGUAUAUCAAAGAGAACAGCAUAGAACUUCGAGAAUUGGAGUCUAAAUUGAAGUCUGCAUAUCUGAACAAGGAAAGAGCUGCGCAGAUUGCAGAGCAUGAAGCUAUGAUGUUUGAGACAAUGCGUGAGGAGGCAGACUUUGAUCGCCAGAUGAAGAGGGAAAGUGAGCGAGCAGCUGCUGAGCAGCAGAAGCUGGAACAGAAACGCCACGAGGAGAUGGUGCAUUACCAGAGAGAGCUGGAGCAGCAGCUCGUGGAGAAGGAGCGAAAGAGCCAGGAGGCAUACGAAGAGUUCCUCAAAGAGAAGCUCAUGGUGGAUGAGAUUGUCAGGAAGAUUUACGAGGAGGACCAGAUGGAAAGACAGCUGAAACUGGAGAAGGUCAGAGCAACUCAGGAGCACAUAGAAGAAUUCAAGAGACAGCAGAUGGAGUGGCGACGCAUGGAGCAAGAAAAGAUAGAGGCUGAGAACAGACGCAUCAUGGAGUUUGCGAGUCAUCAGCAGCAGAUGGAGGAAAUCAGAAUGGCUAAGAUCAGAGCGAGAGAAGAAGCAAAGGAGAAUCUUCAUAAAAUACUGUCUGAGAAAAUUGAAAAUGAGAGACAGCAGCGUGAGGAGAUGGAGAGAAUCCGAGAGGAACUCCUUUUCGAGGAACACGAAGAGGCAAACAGGCAGAGAGAGAUUGAAGAGAUGGAGAAAAAAAUCAGACAGAGGCUGAUGUUACAACGGAGCUGCCAGGAGCAAAUGGCUUUUAAAGAGAUGCAGAAAGAGGCAGAGAAAGAGGAGGAGGAGGCCUUCAGGAAAAUGAUGAUGGCUAAGUUUGCCGAGGACGACCGGAUCGAGCAGAUGAAUGCCCAGAAACGCCGCAUGAAGCAGCUUGAACACAAACGCGAGGUGGAGAAGCUGAUAGAGGACAGAAGACGACAGCGUGAGGCUGACUUGGAACUGGAGGCUAAAGAAAGAGCAGCUGAGCAGGAGAGGGAGGCUCUGCGUAGACAAAUAGUUGAAGAAGAGAGGCAGCGACUUCUUAAACGUCAUGCAACCCAACUCCUCGGAUACCUCCCUAAGGGCUUGCUACGUGAAGAUGACCUGGAACACUUUGAUGAAGACUUCAGGAAAAACUUUAAGCCUCAUCAGACUGAUGAGUUCUCCGCAGAUAGCUGGGACGGAGAGGAUUGACCGUUUCCCCCUGAUCUGCCACUAGAGGGCGGUUUAAUGUUACAAUCAGCUUGUGACAGCACCACUCUUAAUAUCUAAAUAUUCUUGAUAGUACAUUAGCAAAAAAAUAUUUAAAAUAAUCUUUUUAUUCACACUGUGCAGAUGCAAGCAUUAGACUUAUUCAACUAGUGAUAUGUGUUAAUGAUCAGAUGUUUUUUUUUUUCUCACAACAAAUGAAAAAAAUGUGUCUGAACUUUGGGAAGACUAUUAAAUUUCAAAGUUUACGAGUUUCCCCAGUCCAGAGCUUUCAUAAAUUCAUCUUCCGUGAAUGACAGCAGCUUCGCUGCUUCGAAAUGCAUCUGCAGUUGAGAAGAAAAAAAAACAUGUGAUUGUGAUGAAAAACUCUAAUCAGGGUUAAUGACAUGUGGUGGAGGCACUUACCUUCUGUCUUUUGAGAAUGUCAAUCAGCUUGAGCUGUUUCUUAAAACCAACAAUCAGUUCUGCUUUCUGCUUUUUUAACAUUUUGUUUUCAGCAAGUAGAUUCUCCUUGCUCUGAUGUUCCUCGUUCAUCUUGUCCUUUAUUUGAUAAAAUCAUCAACACACAGCUCAAGUAACAUAGUUUACUUUAUACAGCUCUACCACCAUACUCCCCUUACUCAUUGCCUUUUGAUCAUGAAAAUACUACAAUCAUAAUUAAUUGGCUUUAGAGAGACAUGAUAUUAACUCUGUAUGGUCUCAUUAAAUGAAAUAAAUGUUUUAUUCCUA